AUGGGGAAGUUGACAGCUCUCGAGUCACUAGACGUUUCCAGAAACAAGCUCUCCGGAGAAAUUCCACAAGAGCUAGGGAACCUCUCGUUCCUUGAGUACAUGAACUUCUCCCAUAACCAGCUUAGAGGUCUCGUACCGGGAGGCACUCAGUUUCGAACUCAAAAGUGCUCUUCUUUCGGAGACAACUCAGGACUUUUUGGACCUUCUCUUGACGAAGUUUGCAAAGAUGUCCACAUUCCAGCAUUGCAACAGAAUGAGUCGCCAGAGGCAGAGGAAGAAGAAGAAGAGGUGUUUAGUUGGAUUGCAGCUGCUAUUGGAUUUGGACCUGGUAUUGUCCUUGGAUUGACGAUUGGAUACAUAUUGGUUAUUUACAAACCAGAGUGGUUCACAAAUCCUUUUCGCCGCAACAAACACAGAAGCAGAAGCACCACUACUCAUUAG